CUCCCAUUAUAUCUAUUAUAUCUUAUCCGUCUUAUUACUUCACUGCUAGAAGUAAUAUUUAUCACCAUCUUAACAGCAUCUUCAACUAGGUCUUUGCCAUAUUGGUGUACUUCUUCAGCCAUGCCUUCGCACCCACAACUAAUUUUCGGUGGCGCUUCCAUCGGAGCUGCAUUCGCUACGCCACAAGAGGUUUCUGAGCUUCUACAGACCCUUAAAUCUCUAGGCGUUAAAAGAAUCGACACGGCAGCCCGCUAUCCACCAACGAACCCCGGAGCUUCGGAGAGACUUCUUGGCGAACUCGGUGCAACCAAGCUAGGCUUCCUAAUUGACACCAAGGUCCUUUGCGCCGGUCUAGGUGAAGGUAGCCUGGAGCCUGCGGCGACUCAGAAGUCAUUGGUAGAAAGUUACGAGCGUCUACAACUCCAAGACAGCAAAGUCAAUGUCCUCCACUGCCACAGACCCGACACACAAACCCCCUUGAUCGAACAAGCUGAAGGGUUAAACGCGCAGUACAGAGCCGGGCGGUUCGAUAAGCUCGGGGUGUCCAACUUCGACCCAGAACUGCUCGAUGAGUUCAUAAAGAUUUGCGAUCAGAACGGCUAUGUCAAGCCCACUGUCUACCAAGGCCAGUAUAACUUGGUGUGCCGCGAUAUCGAGAGGACACUCUUCCCCACACUACGCAAACAUGGAAUGGUGUUCAAUGCUUACAGUCCAUUGGCUGGAGGCUUUCUCAAUGGAAAGUUGACUGCAGGGGAUACGGAAGGGACUCGCUUCGACGCCGGCAAUGUUAUGGGUCAGCAUUAUAGGGCUCAGUAUGACAAGAAGGAGAUGCACGAUGGUAUUGAGUAUCUCACCAACAUUUUAGAUGAGAUGGGUAUAUCUAAGGUAGAGGCAUCGCUGCGCUGGAUCUCCUAUCAUUCUAGUCUAGGCAGUGACGACGGGAUCAUUCUUGGUGCAAGCAAACUUUCGCAGCUAUCACAGAAUGUAGAAGCUAUCGCAAAGGGGCCACUGGAUGAAAAAGUUGUCUCGGCUAUGGACAAGAUGUGGCAGUCAAUUUCCGGGUGAAAAAGUCCGAGAAUCUAUCUCUCAGAACUAUUACAUGACAUCCUCAAUGAUACUAGCUUCAAUACUACAAUGUUUAUCUGUUG